AUGAAGUUCCCAAAGUCAAAGGACGAGGAGCCAACAGCUCCUGAGCAAAUAGUCAUCAGGAAGAGAUCCAAAGUUCCUGGUGUGAUGAUCACUCAGACUGUCAAGGAAGUUCCUCAAGGUAAAAGCCACCCAGACUUCACACGCAAACCCAUCGCCCUGACUAUUCAAGAAGGAAAGAUUGCUGUUUUUAAAGCAAUCGUCACAGGGACUCCAACUCCAUCAGUAAGAUGGUCUCGAAAUAAUGAUGACAUUUCUGACACAGAAAAAUACAUCGUUGUGUAUGAGCCAGUCACAGGAGAACACCAGCUACAGAUGCCUAAUGUAGCUGUAGACCAGGCAGGCACCUACAAAUGUUUGGCUGAAAAUGAGUUUGGUCGUGCUAUUGUUACUGCAACAUUGAAUAUAAUUGAAGUUGGAUUCAAAAAGAGCAAGGAAUUGCAAGAAUCACGAACGGGUCUUCACAUUUGUUGUGCCCUUUGUUCAUACAGCGCUAAUCGCCCAAAAGAGGAGCGACAAGAUGGAGAGGUUGAUGAAAGGUUCUGGGAGCUACUGUUGAGUGCUGAUAAGAAAGACUACGAGCGUAUUUGUGCUGAAUAUGGAGUGACUGAUUUCCGGUGGAUGUUGAAGAAAUUAAAUGAAAAGAAAAGAGAAAUAGAAGAACAGCAGGCACAGUACAUUGAAUACCUGAGCAACUUGAGACAUAUUGACAUCAAAACCCCUGGGUGUGCACAGUUUGAAUUUGAAAUGGAUCUCAGGGAUCCCAAUGCCAAAAUCUUACUCUAUAAAGAUGGAGAACUGGUUGAAUUCAGUGCUGACACAAGUGAGAAGCACAGUCUGCGUCGAAUUGGCAGACGGUUCAUUUUCAGUGUCAGUGGUCUGUCUCCAGAUGAUGCCGGACUCUACCAAGUAGAUGUUGAAGGAGUUAAUAUCUUUUCUACAGAUUUUAAACUUCCAAAUGUGGACUUCUUGGUAAAGAUUAAAGAGGUUACAGCAAUUGAAAGAGAGGAUGCAGUCUUUGAGUGUGUUCUGUCUGCACCAGUCCCAAAGAUCACAUGGAUGGGAAAGAGUGUUGCAUUGACUCAAGGCCAGAAAUAUGACAUUACUGUGUCUGAAGAUAUGCUGAUCCAUAGAUUGUUGGUGAAAGAUUGUAUGCUGGUGGAUAAGGGCAUAUAUGCCGCUGUGGUUGGAAUCAAAUCGUGCAAUGCCUGGCUGAUAGUGGAAGCUGACAAUGACUCAGACAAGCGUGAAAAAAAAGUAGCACGCAAAACAACCCAGGCCGGAGGUAGUGGAACUGACUUGGAAAAGACUGCAACUGAGCAGCAAGCCAAGUUACAGAAGGAGAGAGAGGAGAGAAAAGCAAUGCUCAAACAGUGUCAGGUCGACCAGGCUGCACAGGCCCAAGAAAAUGACGCUGAGCCUCCUGUUGUGCUUCCAGUCGAGCCUCUUCUUAACCCUGUAGCACAACCUGCAGCUGAGCAAAUCCCACAAACUUCCCAGAAUUACAAAGUCGAAGCUAAAACCAAGCCUAAAGCUCAGCUCAACUCUGUCUCUAAAGGCAAGGUAGAAGAGCCAAAGGAGGAAGCAACAGAAGAGCCAAAGGAAAAAGUAAGAGAAGAGCCAAUGGAGGAAGUGACAGAAGAGCCAAAGGAAAAAGUAAAAGAAGAGCCAAUGGAGGAAGUGACAGAAGAGCCAAAGGAGGCAGUGAGAGAAGAGCCAAUGGAGAAAGCGACAGAAGAGCCAAAGGAGGCAGUGAGAGAAGAGCCAAAGGUGCAAAAAGGGGAGUUAAUAGAAGAGCAAAAGGAGUUAGAAGUAAAGAAAGAACCUCAAAAAGCAGUGAGUAAGCAUAAAGAAUGUGGACAAGUCAUGGAAUGUGAACAGCAUGAAGAGCGAGUCAGUGAAGAGCAAGAGGAGGAGAAGAAUAAGAGAGUCAGGUCAGGGCCAUUGAUCCCUGAUACUGUAAUUGACCCAGGGGUUUACUUCACUAGUGGGCUGCAAGAUGUCAAAGCUAUUGUAGGCCAUUCAGCUGAGAUGGUGUGCAAGUUAAGCAACACAGACUAUGAUGGAGUGUGGUAUAAGGAUGGAAAGGAGAUAAAAUCUACAGAUGACCUGAUGACUAUCAGAGAUGGAGCAUUGCACAAACUGGUGAUUAAAAAUUGUACAGAGAAUGACAGUGGAAAGUAUCGCUUUGAGGCAGAUGGACGUAAAACAGAGGCUCUGCUCAUUGUAGAAGACCCACCUAGGAUGAAUCAAGAUGAUCUGACUAAGUUCUCACAACCUGUGAUCAUCAAGGUCGACCAAAAUGCCACAUUCAAACUGAGCUUUGUGGGCCAAGAGCCAAUAAAAGUGCAGUGGUACCAUGAUGGUGAGGAGCUACUGGAAGAUUUUAAUAUAAAGAUUGAAAAAUCCUUCAGCCAUAGUCGCCUACUUCUUACUAAGUGCCAGCGCAAAGACACAGGAGAGAUCAAGCUCAAGCUGAAGAAUGAAUUUGGGACUACUGAAGCUUUCUCCAAGCUCAUUGUCUUAGAUAAACCUAGCAAUCCACUGGGUCCUGUAGAGUUAAUUGAAGCCUCAUCAUCAUGUGUGGAGUUCAAGUGGAGACCUCCCAAAGAUGAUGGAGGUUCGCCUGUGAUUUACUACAAUCUUGAAAGGCAACAGAUUGGGCGGAACACUUGGAAGAAAAUUGGAAAUACUGCUCCGGUGCCCCACUAUAAAGACACCGAUGUAGACCAUGGCAGGAAGUACUGCUACCGUAUAAGGGCAUUAACUGCAGAAGGCACCAGUGAUGUGUAUGAGACGGAUGACAUACAGGCUGGCACUAAAGCAUAUCCUGGUCCACCCUCCACACCAAAAGUUGUCAGUGCCUUUAAAGACUGCAUAAACCUGUCAUGGACCCCACCAACCAAAACAGGAGGAACUAACAUUGUGGGCUACAACCUUGAGAAACGCAAAAAAGGCAGCAACCUGUGGAACCAAGUAAACCCUCUAGAGGAGCCAAUCAAAGCCAAACAGUAUGGAGUAAAAGACGUUGUUGAAGGAACUGAGUAUGAAUUCCGCGUCAUAGCCAUCAACUUCUCUGGUGCAGGAGAACCAAGCUCUCCCUCUGACUUUGUGAAAGCCAGAGAUCCUAAAAAGCCUCCUGGUAAAGUUAUUGAUCUGAAGGUGGCAGAUUCCACAUAUUCUACCUUGUCUUUGACUUGGACUAAACCAAAAGAGCAAAAAAGUGUGCAAGAUGAAGCUAAAGGAUAUUUCGUAGAAUUAAGACCAGCUGAGAACACAGAAUGGACUCGCUGUAACUCCCAUGAACUUAUCACAACUUCAUACACAAUUCAUGGUCUUAAGUCCAUGGCUAUGUACUGGGUAAGAGUAGUGGCAACAAAUGAAGGUGGAGAUAGUGAGCCACAAAACCUGGACAACUACAUCAUUGCCAUGCCCCCACCAGUCAAACCAAAAUUCACUGAUCGAAAAAUUAAGAGCUUUAUGGUGGUGAGAACUGGACAUUCUGUUCGGGUCAACAUUCAGUUUGAGGGUUCUCCAAUGCCCACAAUAAACUGGCUCAAAGACGGAAUGCCUCCAUUUAAACAUGUGACCAUAAGCAACACAGAAGGUACAUCUCAGCUUUUAAUUCCAUCUGCGGAGCGCUCUGAUACUGGAGUUUACACCAUUAUAGUCAAGAACAUGGUGGGCCAAGAGACCUUUAGUACUGAGAUUAGGGUCACAGAUGACCCAAAGUCUCCUGGGCCAGUGGAGCUGGAGGAAAAUGUUCCUGGCACAUUAACAGUCUGUUGGAGCCCCUCUCCUGAUGAGAAACGAGAUGACCGUCUGCACUACAUGGUGACCAAACGUGACUCAGUCAAGCAGACCUGGCACACAGUGGCUGACCGAGUGUUCAACAACAGCUUCACAGCUGUCAACAUCAUGCCAGGAAGAGAAUAUAACUUCCGAGUGUAUGCCAAAAAUGACAUUGGGCUCUCUGAACCUUCUGAGUCCCCAACAUGGGGGCGUGAGAGUAAGAAAGAAAAGUUCACCCUCAGUAUGCCUGAACUCAAGGCCUUUAACCUUGAGUCACCACCUACUUUUACAGUCCCAAUGAAAACACAUACUAGUCCAGAGAAGUAUGAAUGUCAUAUGAGUUGUGCUGUGAGAGGCAAUCCCACCCCCUAUGUGACCUGGUACCGCAACAACAUCAGUAUCAACACAAACACCAACUACUACAUCACCAACACAUGUGGUGUCUGUUCUUUAAAAAUACUAAGAGUGGAGACUAAAGACGAUGGAGAGUACAAAGCGAUUGCAGAAAAUUCUUUAGGUCGUGCUGAGUGCACCACUCAACUCAAAAUCAGAGGGUUGAAAACAUUUAUGACAUAG